UGCCAGCUGUUGAGUGGUUACGCAUUUGUAAAUAAAAUGUGAGUAGAUUUCAAAUCUAUUGAAAUUUAUUAAAAUUAUUAACAAAAAAUCGUUUUAAAAUGUUUACAAUAAUACGAAAAUGCCCUCCGCUCAAACGGCUGCCCAUAAAAACCAUCUGUCUGCAAGAAAAUAUUUUCAACAGUCUAAUUAUACCUGUCACCUAUGUGCACACCACACCGGUAUGUAAGACAUUUUGGGAACGUGAGAAAAAGUCCGGUUACAAAACUUCUUUGCCGGUGCCUUCAAAGAAGAAGUUGAUACUCGAUGGUUUGAGAGAACUCAAAGAAGAAAUUCAUAUGUGGAGCGAAGAAAUGAAAGAGAAAUUAGAAUCAGAUCCAAUUCUAGUAUAUCGACCGGGUGAAACUGAUAUAGUUUUUAAUUUUAAGGAGAAAUCAUCACUAGAUAAAUGGAUAGUUACCACCGACAUGGAUCAUAAUGAGGGAAAAAGUACGGCAGCAUUGGAAUUAAGUAAUUCGGGAGCUGGUCUCUUUCAUGGAGAGGUCAAUUCAGAACAUGUUAAAGAUGGUAUUAUAAAGAGGACAGGCUAUGCAAAUAUUCGUACGAAACGAGUUAGGAAAUCAUUUAAACGUGAGGCUACUUAUGACUGGAGUCAAUACAAUAUGUUGGUGUUAAAAAUACGUGGUGAUGGUCGUAGUUAUUUAAUUAACUUACAUUGUGAGGGCUAUUUCGAUUUAAUGUGGAAUGAUGUUUAUCAUUAUGCCCUGUAUACAAGAGGUGGACCACAUUGGCAAAUAGCAAAGAUCCCUUUUUCAAAGUUUUUCUACUCAUCCAAGGGACGUGUACAAGAUCGUCAACAGGAAAUACAACUAAAUCGUGUUACCCAUUUUGGCUUUUCAGUGGCUGCCAAAAAUGGUAUGGAUGGCCCAUUUAAUUUAGAAAUCGAUUAUGUGGGUCUAGAAUUUGAUCCUAGUCAUCGUGAGGAAUUUGCCUAUGAAAUGUAUAAAACGCCUAAAUAUAUUGUAGCCACAUAAGGCAAAAACUGAGCCACUAAAUAGAAAAUUUGUUUAAUAAAUUGUAAUUUUUGUUUAAUCUGAUUUUAGAUCAGAUCAA